AUGGCCGAAGCCGACGCUACCGGCAACGAUGUCGCCAACAGAGUGAUGCGCCGGCUGGAGGUGUCCAAGAUCAAGCAUGGCUGGGAGAACCUCAGCAUCGAUACCAUCGAGCCGCACAUUGACCAACAACUCAAACGCAAACGGACCGCCUCGAGCAUCAACGACAGCUACUCGGACACGUCCUCCAGCGUCUCUAGCCGCUUCCACUCCAUCGGCGGCAUGGCCUCAUCGCCCUUGACCGCCCCCAUCUUCUCCGACGACAUGCCUCGGCUAGGCAGCUCUCACAGCAGUGUCCAUGGCAGCACCCACAGCAGCAAACGCCCGAGAUUUGCCGACGUCCACAGAUAUCCUGCAUCGAGCAGUCAGACUGGUCGCAAGACUCGCAGUGCUCUGGCCGUCCAGUCUUGGAAGAGGACACACAGGCUUCCAGAGUCGUCUCCUGUAUACCACAACAGGACCGCCGUCUUUCCUUCGACCCUCCACGUCCCAAAGCUGUCUUUCAUCUCGGAAGGUUCUAGCCUCAUCGACGACGCUCCCUCUCCCGAACUCUCCGAGGACGACGACACCGAUCUUCCCGUACACUCAUUCAAUGUCGACAGCGACCUCUACAAUAUUCGCUCAUCACCCCCAAAGACGCCACCUCCUCAACACCGCUUCUCGCGCACAUCCAAAGACAGUGACAACGCUUCUGGAAUCAUGGGAUUAUACAACUCUCCUACUCCCGCAAACGGUAUCAACAGUGCUCGAGUCAUUGCACCGUCUACACCCCCAUCCAAAACAACACCCCUACCGUCGUCGAUGAUGCACACACCGGGAGGAAGCAAUGGUCUCUUUGGCUUUGCGUUGAAUACCCCUUCCAACAACUUCAAUUUCGCCGACUUCUGCAACGUUACGCCAAGUCCUGCCCAAGUCAAUUGGGCAUCCAACAAAAGUCCUUUAUCUGCACGCGAGCCACAUCGAAAACUCAAUUUUGAUGGCCUGUUGCAACCAGGUACCAGCCCUGAAGUAGCAAGACACACGAGUGGUGGCACGCUGGAGCUAGGAGCCCUUCUC